UGUGAAAGAUAUCUACCUGGACAUUCUUUAAAACGUUUUCACGGAAUUGUUUGCACAUACAAUGACAACAGACUUUUUUAAAAUGCUAAAUGCAUGAUAAAAGUGUUCGUCGUGCUUCCACCACCUAGCAACACCAGAUUAGUUGCCUUUUAAUUCCGAAAAAAGAAGAACACAGAUGACAGGACAUUCCAGGUAUGUGUAGGGAAACUUUCCCUCUCUCUCUUUCCCUCUCUAUCUUAACUUUGCGGUUUGAAAACAUUCCGAAACUUAUUUUUAAUGCAUGAACUUGGACAUAUUGACAGACAUGUGCCAAAGUUAUCUUGGCUUUAGUCUUUUUGUAGUCAGUUCUUCUUUGGAUAUAUCAAUGUCAUAAGACAGUGCAUCUGAAGUGUUUUUACACCUUUCAAGUUAGAAAAGGUAGCUUUUAUUGGAACCAUGUCAUCUUAAGCAUGUUGCCAUUCAGUGCAGAAUUUCUCUUUUUCGCUUCCUUGAUUGUUAUUUUAAUGUUUUGUUAUUUUUUGAAAAUCUUGUUGAAACUCUUAGGCAGUUCUUAGGAAACCAUAGAUGAAUUGUGUGGAUAGAGUUAACAGUUUUAAUGCCAUGGAAAAAUGUUGAAGAAAUGAAUUUCUAUUAGAUCUACAAGUUUUAAUGGAAAUUAGUAUCUCCAUGUGCGGGAAGGUGAAAAGCAUUACAGUUUCUUCCUCAUUUGAAUAGAUCCACCAGAGAUUGUCUCCACUCCAUCACCGCAGCAAGAACUUUAUGAAGGCAAGGGAACUGUUCUUUUCUGUAAUGUCACUGGUAAUCCACAACCAAACAUUAGUUGGACCAAACAAGGAAAUGAUAGUGUACUGUCGACCUUACAGACGUUACACCUGACUGUUCUGAAGAGAGUCGACAAUGGAGCAGUUUACAAAUGUAAAGUGCAGAAUUAUCUCGGACUUAUGGAAACUACUGUCAUGAUUUCAGUGCUAUGUAAGUAAUGACUGCAUACUAUCUUUGAGCACGCACUGUGAUUAAUCAGGACCUUUCUUCGAUCAAGAUAUGCCUUCUGUGCUCAGGGGAAAGUAAGAAGUUCUUUUAAAAAGUCACAAACAUUUUCAUGUUGACCAUGUGAGUGAAAAGUCAGAUGAUCGCCAGAUGAGUGGCAACCCUGAUAAAGAGGUGCCUUUUCUCCACUGAGAUGGAUGCAAUCUUUUUACAUGGUUGCGGCAGGUUGGGUGAGUGGUCAGGGUAAUAAUUUCCUCAUUGGCAGGGAAAAGUGAAUGAAUUUUACUUUGAGUGAGGGAGGGUUAAAAAACAUCUUUGAAAGAAGUCAGGAAAAAGUGAAAUUUAGAGAUAACUAAAAUAUUUAUUGCCAUCUCAGUGAGUGGAAUAAAAAAUGGCAUAUUGUUUAAUGACAUUGAACAAUACACUGAUGUUGCACUUUCAAGAAAUCAAUCCUUCUCACAGAAGGAUAAAUAAAUCGUUGUAGAGAACGGCUGUAAGAGGCUAUUUUCGGGACUAAUUCUUUAUGCAGUUGGUCAAGGAAAAUUUUACAUUUAUCACAGAAAAGUCAGUAAAUUUAAAAAAACCUAUGGCCUUGGCACCCAUGUUUAAAGUGCUCUUUUUGAUCAAGUCUAAGUUGACUCUGCUUUUUCCAUAUAUUAAAAAUUGUUAGAUAUUUCAUAGAGUACUUACACAUUGACAAACUCCCUGGCAGAACUUAUAUCCCCAACUAUUCUUUUUAUGUUUGCUUUCUAGAUGCACCUACUGCAACCAUCCAGCAGUGUUCUACUCCAGUCACUGAGGGUAAUAAUGCAACUCUUUAUUGUAAUGCUACUGGUAACCCGGUUCCAAAUAUUAUGUGGAUUAGAAAAAGUACAAGGCAAGUUGUGUCAGCAAACAAGGUACUUGUCAUUGAAGCCAUCAAAAGCAAUGGAUCUGGCAGUUAUGAAUGUCUUGCUUGGAAUGGCAUUGGGAACAACAGCACCAACUCCUGUACAGUUGACGUAUACUGUAAGUAAAAAAUAAGUCAAUGGCUGAAUCACAGUUUGAGGAGAGAACCACCCCUGGCUAAACAGUCAGAGUGUUGGAUCGCCCCUGGUUGCUAACUGGAUUUCUUCCUUUCUAGUUUCAAGAUUAAUCCUCAAUUGCACUUGUAGAUAGUCAAGUGGUUUGUCCUGGUGGUUCUUACCCUUGUUAUUAUGUUUUCAUUAAUUUUUUUGCUUGGGUUGUUUGCUUAGCCCGGCUAUCUUUUGUGCUAUAACUACUACCGAGUGUAAAUAGGGUCAUUAUUAUAGUGGCUGUUUUAUGCGGGGAUACUUUGGUAAAAUAUUGGCUGUUCGGUAUUUCUUAGAUACACCAACUGGUACAGCUCUCACAGCUGAUCCUACCAACACUACAGUGCUGCGUGGUUCUACUGUGUCACUUAACUGCAGUGCGGAUGCCAAUCCAUUGGCUUACUUGUAUCAGUUUUACUUAGAUGACACCAUUAUUGGUAACAGCAGCUCAGGUGUGUUCAAUAUCACUGUUGAUGCAGAUGGAGUGUACACCUGUGUUCCUGUCAACCAAGUCGGCACCGGGCAGAGUGCUAUGGUCAGAGUAACUGCUGUUGGUGAGUUUAAAAUGCAGGAUUCUUAUUAAUUCUACACUUUAGUUAACCCAUCCAAGGACAUUAUUGUCAUCAAACGUGUGAAUGAGGAAGAGAUCUUUCAAACCAGACCAGAAUGAGCACGAUUCAUUCACGAGGCCAGAUAAAAAGGCAAAAACCAAUUUAACGUUGAUCCUAAAAUUCCCACUACCAACCUACCCUUCCAUCUAAUCUUAAGAUCAAAAAAGCUCUCCUAAAAAGUUUUUCCACCUCGCAAUUUUACUUUCUAUGCAUGCCUGAACUUCAGAUGCUGAUGCUUCGCUUUUGGAACAGACUGCUGCAAGGUGCUCGACUGUUGUUUUUGGCAGUGUCUGCUCAUUAUAGCGGGACAGUGACCAGAAAUUCACUCGAUUAGCUCCAACAGUGCGAUUUUCAGCAAAAUUCCCAUGAGCAAAUGGGUUAAGCAAAGUAUUGUUUCAUUUUUUUGGAAUUAUGCCAAUUUAGGGCUAGGAGGCAAAACAAAUUAAGAAUCAACCUAGAUUUAAAAAAUUGGACCUUUAUUUAAUGUUAUUUUAUUUUGACCUGUAACAUACGUUUAGGGUAUAGCUUGUAAUAGUGUGCACGUUAAAGUAAUGGAUUCCCUCCCUUGAUGACCCAGUUCCUUAUUUUCUUUUGCAACAACCAUUUUUAGCGCUAAUGUUUGUGGUCAAUGAAACUCAUUUUCAGUUGGCCCAGCUGUAAGGGUAUUUCCUCAGACUGUUACAGUAGUGGAAGGUGACAAUAUUUUUUUAACUUGCAAUACGAGUGGCAUUCCUUCCCCACUGAUACGCUGGGUACGCAUUGGUCAGUCUGGCGUGGUUUCACAGAAUUCGUCACUGAUUAUUGUAAAUGUAAGCAGACCUGGUACCCCUGAUAGCAUGGUCCAGUAUCAGUGUACAGCAAGUAAUGGAGUGGGAAGUCCAGCAGUAGAUGUGGCAAAUGUUACUGUCCAUUGUAAGUAUAAUUUAUAAUUCUCAACCAUCAAAAAUAUUCUGUAACAUAAAUAAAAAAAGGACACCUGUGUGUUGUGGACCUCUUGACAUGCUUUACCGACGUGUCUGGCUGUCUCGCUUAAAACUGCGGAUUCUUUUGCCUUAACCUUAAACUUGAUGUUAUGUGAGAUUUUGUGGUAAAGACAUGUAUCAUCACGUGGGCUGAUUGCCAAGGACAACUUGAAAGAGGUAAACAAAAGAGAUUUAUCUGAGUUUGAAGCUACAGUGUAAGUGGCAUUAUGUCAAAGGUGUGAUGUUAUCAUAGUACAUCUAGCCUCCCAAAACAGUUCCUUGGAUGUCUCAGGAUACGAGGCCCUCCUUAGUAACAUAUCUAAAUGUACAGUUCUUCCGUUGCUUCUUUAGCAAGUAGCAAGUGAUUGCUGAAUAUAUUUUCGGCUUUUAAAAAGCCAGAAAACAGAGGGUAGAGCUAAGAUGCUUACGUGUACAUUAAGUCUUAGUUGUCUAGGUCAUUGAUUCGAUGUUUUGUUUUAUGAAGAUGCCCCAGAGAUUGUGGUUGCUCCUUUAAAUACAACAACUAUUGUAGGCAGAAGUGCUAUUUUAUUCUGCAACGCAACUGGAAGCCCCAAGCCAAAUGUUACAUGGUCAAAAGGAGGCAGUAACACAACUUUGUCUUCAUCUGAGGAAUUGAUACUGGGCAACCUAACAAGAUCACAUUGUGGGACCAAAUACAAAUGCAUCAUCACAAACUAUCUGGGAUCUGUUGAGGCGUCAGCCAUAGUCACAGUAUAUUGUAAGUAUAAGUAUACGUAUUCAAAGGAAAUCAUGCUAUCAUCGUCAUCAUCAUACUUUGUUUUCCCUAAAGCUUGUAAAUUCUUUCCUCUAAGAUCCUGCUGUGGUUGCAUACAGUCCAUUAAAUCAAACAGUCUUGGAAGGAACCAACGUGACUCUCCACUGUAAUGCAUCUGGCAAACCAACACCGAACAUAACUUGGACAAAAGAUGGCAGUCAAGCAGUGUUAUNUAUCUGGGAUCUGUUGAGGCGUCAGCCAUAGUCACAGUAUAUUGUAAGUAUAAGUAUACGUAUUCAAAGGAAAUCAUGCUAUCAUCGUCAUCAUCAUACUUUGUUUUCCCUAAAGCUUGUAAAUUCUUUCCUCUAAGAUCCUGCUGUGGUUGCAUACAGUCCAUUAAAUCAAACAGUCUUGGAAGGAACCAACGUGACUCUCCACUGUAAUGCAUCUGGCAAACCAACACCGAACAUAACUUGGACAAAAGAUGGCAGUCAAGCAGUGUUAUUUCUAGGAGACAUUUAUGGUUUUGUUAACGUGCAGAGACAGAAUGCCGGAGAUUACACAUGUACAGCUUGGAAUGGAGUCGGCAGACAAAGCAACGCUACAGCUACAGUAAACGUACAGUGUGAGUCUCAUUAUUCGUUCUUACUUAAAUCAGUUCUCUUUUGUUAUUUUUGUGCUAUGUCUCAUUCAAAGGCUCCCAAUAGGGUUCUUUAAUCCCAUGACCUGACCAAAGGAGGUUAAAUCGCAUAUCCCACAAUGCAAUGCUUUCAACUAUAUUAUCAAGUUGGCGAGAACACAUGAUCCCUUCAUUUCGAAUGAACACGAAAGAGAAGAGAGUGCCAAUGACCGCCUAUAAUCAACGAUGUUAUACUUAUAUUCCUUGGACACCGAGUACAUUUUUGAGGUCAAAUUGUCUGAUUGGCCUUUCCUUCAGCCGAAAUGUCCGUUUGGACUCGUUAGUUAGUUUGCCCGGAACUCUUUCGGAGCGGCAAAAUGUUGUUUUCCUCAGGGUUGUUCUUCCAUCGAGCAUGUCCUUGAAUCAGGCAAAAUGUGCAGCUUAGAAUCCCAGGUAAGAGGCAGUCAAAAGUUAUAACAGAUACCUUGUUUGUCUAGAAAAAUAUAGUAAAUAUUAAUCGUGUUGUUUUACGGACUGUUGUGAUUGCGAUUGCAGACUUCACCAAGAAGAUGCUGAAGACGACGAGGACAUUCCAGUAAUCUUGUCCUUGAUCAGGAGCUUCGUGCUCUUUUAAGACGAAUUUGUGCUGUGAAAUGAUUUCUCAUUGACUUUUAAAAGUAACUUACCCUUGAUUAUUCUCUUAACUUUACUGAGAACCGCUUUUACACACUUCACUUCUUAUUCAUUGUUUUGAAUUCUUACUUGUAUUGGUCUCAAUGACAGCCAUUCUAAAUUAAAAAUUCUUCUUACUAAAGCAAUAGAAAACAUUUUCCGUGUUUGCAUAACCUGAUACAAACACGAGAGGGGUUGGGAGAAUUCGAGACAGUUAUGCAGACCCGAGACGAAGUCGAGGGUUUGCAUAACUGUCGAGAAUUCUCCCAACGCCUCGAGUGUUUAUAUGAGGGUAUGCAAAGUCAGGAAAAAAGUUUUCUAUUGCUUUUAUAAAAUAACUUUCCCGAGAAAAAACGCAAAACUCUUUGUAUGGCUCUGAUUAAAAGAGAAAUUCUUACCAGUCGCAAAGUCUUGUCCACGAAGUCUUGCACGCGUAAUCAGCUCUUGUUGUUCAAAAAGAUGCUUUCCAAACUACGGAUUUUUCUCACUUAAAAUGUCAGCUUAAGCGAAGAAAAAUUGACACACCUUCUUUGUAAUGAUUUUCCAAGUUUCAUCCGACGAAGGAAUGGGUAAAUAAAGUAAACUCAAACUUUUUCAAAUUCGUGCUUGCGUGAUUAGCGCGCGAAAAGCAAAACAUCUUGACGCCACAACCAUGUUUACAUACUCUCAUGCAAACACUCCUCUCGGCCAAUCAGAGCGCGCAUACUAUCUUAGCUAUUUUAUAAAAUGUAGUGGUAUCUACACCAUCAAGUUGUUAUUAAUUGUAUGGAUAUCUCUUCUUUUAUAACCAGUAUGUUAUAAACCUCUUUGUAUAUUUUUUUGGAAGGAGUGAUCAGCCUGCAAUGUUUGCAUCAAUAAAAUUUUUUUUUGAAGUCCAAUGAGAGCAGUUGUUAGUUAUCAUUGACCAUCCAAAGAAAAACCUGGACUUGCUGAGUAUCAUAACAUCAGCAAACCCAUAUGCACUCAUCCUGUGGGUCUGUAACCCAAUGAUGAAUUGCAAAAUAUAUAUUUUUGAAUUUCUAUACCAUUGCUGAAGCAAAGUGUGCAAUAAGUUUGAACUCUUUUCACGGUUAUCUUAACUGGGAUAGGGCACUCCACAAUCAAUCAAGACCAAAAAUAAUCAUAUGCACGAGAAAAAUUUAUUUGUAAAGAUAAAACAAUAUUUUAUUUGGGAUUAUUUCUUAAUCAUACAGACAAGUUCAGAAUAACUGGAAACUGUAUUUUGUUGUUACUUUGAGCAUUUGGCUUUAGUGUGGAAAAAAAAAAACUUCAGUGCAAACUCAGGGAAUAUUAGCAAAAUGGAGUUUCCAGCCAGUAUUUAUUUAGGGAGGAGAAAUCUCUGUUCAGGAUAGUUUUAUGAACAUAUUUAUCAGCAUCUGUAUUAUUAUGUUCAUCGUAGAACCUUAAUAACAUUAAAGUUAAAACCAGUUUGGUCUAAAGGUAGGGGGGAGGCUGGAUACGCCACCACUUUAGCUUCUGUGAAGGCAAAGCUCUCCAAUAUGAAAUUGAUUGGUUAUUUUUUAGUUAUGAGAUGACAACAUUGUUGAAUUGCAUUACAAUGAUUACCAUCUACAUUAGAUGGUGUUGCAUACAAAGGAAAAGAAAAAUAGAUAUAGCAGACUAAAAUAAAAUGGAAUAAAAAAGCUGCUGAGAUUUCCCUGGAAGCAUAGGUUUGUUUCUGGCCUAGCUUUUAGCAUUUAUGAAGUUAUUUGCAUUGUUUGUCAGUCGCGUAGUUGUAAACAAACCAACUACGCAGUGACAAGUGACGCAAGUGACUGUAAAUGCUAAAGGCCAUGCCAGAAAGCAACUCUGCUGACAGGGUACCUAAGAUCAUCAUAGACAGUGUUUUAUGGAGUCGAGGUUUCUUCUUUGAAAUGCGACAAGGAUAACCUAAAAUGACUCAGUUUUCCAGUGAGUAAUGCAGAGACUAGGCCAUUUGCCCUAAGAGGUCAUGUGACCUCGUUUUUAUAAAAAUGAAAGUUGUAUGAUUUUGCUCUCUAAAAACGAUUAGUGGGUCAUAUCUUAAACAAAAUGAUAUUGAUUUGGUUUUUCAAACCCACACCAUUUUCUUAAAAUGAGUAAGUUCGUAGCUGGGCACGUGACCAAAAUGUGAUUUUUGAAAUUAUGAAUUACCUCUUUCUGGACGCAAAUUUUGCGCUUAAACUUUAAGGAAAAUUUCGAAAGAUGAUGUGGUGACGUUUACAGCACAUCUGAGCAUAACAAUCAAACAUUUAACAAGAUAUAAGCAUAAAGUAGUUUUGGCCGCGAUGUUGGAGGGCAAGAGUAUGCCCUCCAACACGGCGGCCAAUACAAAUCAUAUUACUUUGUAAUAUGACGUAGAAUUUCUCCCUUAAAUGCGUUUCCUCUCAAAUUUCCGGUGUAAGAUAAUUUCAAUGAGCUCUGUCAAUUUUUGGCAUCAGCAAGAUUCCAACUCAUUGCUUAAAAUGACGCAUUGGUCACGUGACCUCUUAGUGCAAGUGGCCUCUUGUAAUCCUUUCUGCAGGUUGGGUCACAGAAAACCAUCAACAUAAGACUCUACAGUUAGAUUUAAAUAAACACUGGGUUAUACUUAUUAGCCAUGGCCUAAUGCUCAUUAUAUCAUAAUAGAUGAAGCAAAUAAUCACUGUUGUUUUAAGAAAAAAAAAUUAAGUGUCGAAAUUCAGGGACAUAAUUUGUAAAAGGAAAAUAGAACAUAGAUCAACAGAAAGUUAGAUAACUAACCUUGAAGUACUUUGAACUGUGUGAAUUUUGCGUUUGAAAGUCCCGUUUUAACCACUUCUUGCGACUACUGAAUCAAUGCGACUUUCAAGCUUUUAGAAGCAAAGCAUCAUGGGAUACUUGAUCUAUCCUCCUUUGACCUGACCCAAAUUUUCGUGCAAUCCCGUAAUCUAAUAAUUUUUGGCAUCCUGCCUCCCAUGCAUACUUUGAAACAAGAAUCCCGCCCUGAAUUUGCUUUCAAAUUUCGAAUCCAGAGCUUCAAAUAAGGGAAAUCCAUGAAUGAAUUGGAUAAUAUCUUGCUGUGUGGGCCCUUUAUCCUGUGUGUUUUAAGUUGUGUUUAUGGUAAAUGGCAAAGUGUUUUUCUUUUGAUUCCAGAUGAGAGUGUUAUUGAUAAAGAACCAUUUAACAGAACCGUUGUCGAAGGAGAUAACAUCACUUUUUCUUGCAACGCAACUGGCAAUCCAACUCCGAACAUUACAUGGACGAAAGUUGGCAGUUCAAGGGUGUUGUAUCAAGGAAAGACGUACAGUAUUUAUAACAUACAAAGAGAGACUGCUGGAGAUUAUGCGUGUACAGCUUGGAAUGGAGUUGGAAAAAAAGCUCAUGCUUCUGCCACAGUCAUUGUACACU